AGAGCCAUGCAAUGAUAAAAGCCGCAUAUGCGGUAGGCUGCGCACCUAUCUGGCAGACAAAUAUCUCAGAAUCAGCCCCAUCCCGGUCCUCCUCACCCCACAGCCUUAUCUACUACUCAGAGCCGAACCUGAAGUGCCAGCCGUACCAUGUCCAGGCCAACGGGGGGCGGGGUCAACGAUGUCACCCGUUUACUGGCAUCGGGCGGGGGGCCGGGGUCUCCUACCUCCGGCGCCGUAUUCUCCGCAGCGAGCCAGGCGGACUGGGCCGCUAAGAGGCUGGUGUGGGUACCAUCAGAAAAGCAGGGCUUCGAGUCGGCCAGCAUCAGAGAAGAGCGUGGAGAUGAGGUGGAAGUGGAGCUCACAGACAGCCAGCGGAAGUUGACUCUGCACAGGGAGGAGGUGCAGCGGAUGAACCCUCCGCGCUUCAGUAAAGUGGAGGACAUGGCCGACCUCACCUGCCUCAACGAGGCCUCGGUGCUGCACAACCUCAGAGAGAGAUACUUCUCGGGCCUCAUCUAUACAUAUUCUGGGCUGUUCUGUGUGGUGGUCAACCCUUACAAGAACUUGCCAAUCUACACAGAGUCCAUUGUGGAGAUGUACCGGGGCAAAAAGCGCCACGAGAUGCCCCCGCAUAUAUACGCCAUAUCAGAAGCGGCCUACCGCAGCAUGCUUCAAGACAGAGAAGAUCAGGCAAUCCUCUGCACAGGUGAAUCUGGAGCUGGGAAAACUGAGAACACCAAGAAAGUCAUCCAGUACUUGGCUCAUGUUGCUUCCUCCCAUAAAGGUGGCACUCUGGGUAGAAACAAGGAAGCCAUACAGAUGGAUGGCUCCAGGUCUUUAACAAGAGGCAGCGCCAUGGUGAACAGGGGUGAGCUGGAGAGACAGCUGCUGCAGGCCAACCCCAUACUGGAGGCUUUUGGAAAUGCAAAGACUGUGAAGAAUGACAACUCUUCCAGAUUUGGUAAAUUUAUCCGCAUUAAUUUUGAUGUGGCGGGAUACAUUGUUGGUGCCAACAUCGAGACCUACCUCCUUGAGAAGUCCCGGGCCACCCGUCAGGCCAAGGAAGAGAGGACAUUUCACAUCUUUUAUCAGUUAUUAUCUGGAGCUUCACAGGAAACAAGAGCGGACUUGCUCCUUGGAAGUGCUGAUGAGUAUCGUUUCCUCACUGGAGGCUCUAUUCCUGUUCCUGGUCAGAGCGAUUCAGAGAAUUUUACCCAGACCAUGGAUUCCAUGGCUAUAAUGGGCUUCACCCCCGAAGAGUUGAUAUCCAUGCUGAAGGUGAUCUCUGCUGUGCUCCAGUUUGGAAACAUAUCUUUCAUGAAAGAGAAGAACCAGGACCAGGCCUCUAUGCCUGAUAACACAGCUGCUCAGAAACUGUGCCAUCUGCUGGGUAUCAACGUGCUGGAAUUCACUCGCGCCAUUCUCACGCCGAGGAUCAAAGUGGGCCGAGAGUACGUGCAGAAGGCCCAGACGAAAGAACAAGCGGAUUUUGCCAUUGAAGCUUUGGGAAAGGCCUCUUAUGAGCGUCUGUUCAGAUGGCUGGUUCACAGGAUCAACAGGGCUCUGGACCGCAGACAGAGACAGGGAGCCUCCUUCAUAGGCAUCCUGGAUAUCGCUGGAUUUGAGAUCUUCCAGCUGAAUUCCUUUGAGCAGCUGUGUAUCAACUACACCAACGAGAAGCUGCAGCAGCUCUUCAACCACACCAUGUUCAUCCUGGAGCAGGAGGAGUACCAGAGGGAGGGGAUCGAUUGGAACUUUAUUGACUUUGGCCUGGACCUUCAGCCUUGCAUUGACCUCAUUGAGAGACCGGCUCACCCUCCCGGUGUUCUGGCCUUAUUGGAUGAAGAGUGCUGGUUCCCCCGGGCUACGGACCGCACGUUUGUGGAGAAGCUGUCCGGCGAGCAAGGCGGCCAUCCAAAAUUCUUCAAAUCCAAGCAACCGCGUGGGGAAGCGGACUUCUCCAUUAUUCACUAUGCUGGAAAGGUGGACUAUAAGGCGGAUGACUGGUUAGUGAAGAACAUGGAUCCCCUGAACGAUAACGUGGCGUCUCUUCUCCACCAGUCGUCUGAUCAUUUUGUGUCCGAGCUGUGGAAGGAGGAUAUUCAAACUCUUCCUCGUGUGUACUUCUUUGACUCGUAUGCCACACUUCAGACUAAUGGCUCAGACAUGGACAGGAUAGUGGGAAUGGACCAGGUGUCGUCGGGAGAGAACAGCGCGCCGGUCACAUUUGGAGCGGCAGGUCUGAAGACGAAGAAGGGAAUGUUUCGGACCGUUGGUCAACUCUACAAAGAGUCUCUAACCAAACUGAUGGCCACGCUGAGGAACACCAACCCUAACUUCCUCCGCUGCAUUAUCCCCAACCAUGAGAAAAGGGCCGGUAAGCUGGCUCCCCACCUGGUUCUAGACCAGCUGAGGUGCAACGGUGUUUUGGAGGGGAUUCGGAUCUGCAGACAAGGCUUCCCUAACCGCAUCCCAUUCCAAGAGUUCAGGCAACGGUAUGAGAUCCUUACUCCCAAUGCUAUUCCUCGCACCUUCAUGGAUGGCAAACAGGCUUCAGAGCUCAUGAUCGCUGCUCUGGAGCUGGAUCACAACCUGUUCAGGGUGGGUCAAAGUAAAGUCUUCUUCAGGGCGGGAGUCUUGGCUCACCUGGAGGAGGAGAGAGACUUGAAGAUCACAGACACCAUCAUUCGCUUCCAGAGUGCUUCCAGAGGCUUUCUGGCACGGAAAGCCUUUUUGAGGAAGCAGCAGCAGCUGAGCGCGGUGAGGGUGGUGCAGAGGAAUUGUGCCGCCUACCUCAAACUCAGGAACUGGCAGUGGUGGCGAUUGUUUACAAAGGUGAAGCCUUUACUGCAGGUGACCCGGCAGGAUGAGGAGAUCCAGGUCAGAGAAGCUGAGCUCCAGAAGGCCAAAGAUAAACUCAACCUCGUGGAACAGGACUACACUGAGCUGGACAGGAAACACGCUCAGCUGGUGGAGGAGAAGGCCGUGCUGGCUGACCAGCUGCAGGCGGAGGCAGAGCUGUUUGCCGAGGCAGAGGAGAUGAGGGCCAGGUUGGCCAGUCGGAAGCAGGAGCUAGAGGAAGUACUGGGCGAGCUGGAAAGCCGGCUGGAGGACGAGGAGGAGCGUGGUGCGCAGCUAACCAAUGAGAAGAAGAGAAUGCAGCAGAAUGUACAGGACCUGGAAGAGCAGCUAGAGGAGGAGGAAAGUGCCAGACAGCGCCUCCUGCUGGAGAAGGUGACAUUGGAGACCAAAGUGAAGAGUGUGGAGACGGACCUUCUGACAGCUGUAGAGCAAAGAGACAGACUUAGCAAGGAGAAGAAACUGCUGGAGGAGCAUCUAAGUGAGGUGACUGAUCAACUCACUGAGGAGGAGGAGAAGACGAAGAGUCUCACCAAACUCAAGAACAAGCAGGAGGCUGUCAUCGCUGACCUAGAGGAGCGUCUGAAGCGUGAGGAGCAGGGUCGUUUAGAACAAGAGAAAUGGAAGAGGAGGAUGGAGAGCGAGUCGCUGGAGGCUCAGGAGCAGCUGUCAGACUUGGGCAUGCUCACUGCCGAGCUGAGGGGCACUCUGGCUCAAAAAGAGAAGGAAAUCACCACCCUGCAGGGCAGGUUGGAGGAGGAAGGCGCUCGUCGUUCUGAAGCUCAAAGAGCUCUGAGGGAGGCUUUGUCCCAAGUCUCUGAGCUGAAAGAGGAAGUGGAGAAUGAGCGAGGGAUGAGAGAACGAGCAGAGAAACAGAGAAGAGACCUGGGGGAAGAGUUGGAAGCUCUGAGAACAGAGUUGGAGGAUACUCUGGACACCACAGCUGCACAGCAAGAGCUCAGGUCUCGUCGGGAGGCAGAGUUGAGUGACCUCCAGAGAUGUAUCGAAGACGAGACCCGUCGGCACGAGGCCCAGGUUUCCGAACUCAGAGUGAAACACACCGCUGCCAUAGACGGCCUCCAGGAGCAGCUGGACAACAGCAAGAGGGCACGUCAGUCUCUCGAGAAGUCCAAAGGCAUGCUGGAGGAGGAGAGGCAGAAUCUCACCUCCGAGCUCAAGAGUCUCCAAGCGGGUCGCACGGAGAGCGAGAGAGGACGUAAGAGAGCAGAGGGUCAGCUGCAGGAGCUCGGCGCCCGCUUGGCUCAGGCCGACAGAGAGAGGGAGGACAGGGAAGAGCGGCUGCACAAGCUGCAGUCUGAGAUUGAAUCCCUCUCCGGGAAUUUGUCCUCAUCUGAAACCAAAUCUCUUCGACUCGCUAAAGAAGCCAGCAGCUUGGACAGUCAGCUGCACGAUGCGAGGGAACUGCUGCAAGAUGAAACUCGUCAGAAGAUGGCUUUGGCCUCAAGGGUGCGAGCUCUGGAGGAGGAGAAAAACGGACUGAUGGAGAGACUUGAAGAGGAGGAGGAAAGAGCCAAAGAGCUCUCCCGGCAGAUCCAAACACACACCCAGCAGCUGGCAGAGCUUCGUAAACAGUCGGAGGAGGUGAGCACAGCGGUGGAAACGGGAGAGGAGGCACGCAGGAAACUUCAGAGAGAGCUGGACAGUGCCGUUCAAAAAGAGCGACAAAAGGAGGAGGAGAAGGAAAGAGUGGAGAGGCAGAGGGAGCGACUGAGGGAGGAAAUAGAGGACAUGACAAUUGCUCUGCAGAGAGAGAGACAGAACUGCACUGCCCUCGAAAAGAGACAGAAGAAAUUUGACCAGUGCCUGGCAGAGGAGAAGGCUGUGAGCGCUCGCCUGGCAGAGGAGAAGGACAGGGCAGAAGCAGACAGCAGAGAGAAGGAAACGAAAUACUUGGCGCUUUCCCGAUCCCUGCAGGAGGUCCAGGACCAACGAGAUGAGUUGGAGAGGUCCAACAAGCAGCUCCGCCUGGAGAUGGAGCAGCUUGUAAACCAGCAGGAUGACGUCGGCAAAAAUGUCCAUGAGCUGGAGCGGACCCGGAGGAGCCUAGAAGCAGAAGCUCAGAACUUGCGAGUUCAGACGCAGGAGCUGGAGGAGGAGCUGACGGAGGCGGAGAACUCUCGGCUGAGGCUGGAGGUCACUCUGCAGGCGCUGAAGGCUCAGUUUGAGAGGGAGAUCAGCACCAACGAGGAGAAGGGAGAGGAGAAAAGGAGGGCCCUCAGCAAGCAGGCGAGGGAGUUGGAGAUCCAGUUAGAAGAAGAGAGGACCCAGCGAUCUCAAGCUGUGUUGGCCAAGAAGCAGCUGGAGGCAGAGCUGCAGGAGGCCGAGGCUCAGGUGGAGGGAACCAGCCGUGGCAAGGAGGAAGCUGUGAAGCAGCUGCGGAGGCUACAGGGUCAAAUGAAGGAAAUUCUGCGGGAAUUAGAUGAGAUCAAGUUGGCUCGGGAUGAAGUGAUUGUACAGUCAAAAGACGGUGACAAGAAAAUACAAACACUUGAAGCAGAGGUGCUUCACCUGACUGAGGAGCUGUCUGUAUCAGAGAGGCAGAGGAGACAGGCUCAGCAGGAGAGAGAUGAAGUGGCAGAUGAGAUGGUCAACAGCAGCUCUGGAAGGAACGCUCUGUUCGAAGAGAAGCGAAGGCUGGAGGCACGAGUGGGUCAACUGGAAGAGGAGCUGGAAGAGGAGCAGACUAAUGCUGAGCUGCUCACAGAGAGACAGAGGAAGACAGCUCUGCAGGUGGAGACUCUGACGGUGCAGCUCCAGGGGGAGAGGACUCUGGCACAGAAGGCAGAGGCAUCUCGAGAGCAGUUGGAGAGGCAGAACAAGGAGCUGAAGGCCCGGCUGGGAGAGAUGGAAGGAGCAGUGAGGGGGAAACACAGACUCAGCGUCGCCGCCCUGGAGGCCAAGAUUGAGUCAAUGGAGGAGCAGCUGGAACAGGAGGCACAAGAACGAGCCAUUGCCAACAAACUGGUCCGAAAGACAGAGAAGAAACUGAAGGAGGUGAUGAUGCAGGCAGAGGAUGAGAGGAGGCAUGCAGACCAGUACAGAGAGCAGCUGGAUAAGUCGAUGGGCAGACUGAAGCAGCUCAAGAGGCAGCUGGAGGAGGUAGAGGAGGAGAACUCUCGUUCCAACGCUCAGAAGAGGAAGCUGCAGAGGGAGCUGGAGGAGCUGACUGACAGCAGUCAGACCAUGACCCGGGAGAUCACCUCCCUCCGCACUCAGCUCAGCAUCCCUGAAUGGAGACCAGAAAAGCGUGUCCCGUUGCCCCUGGCGAUGCGUGGACGCAGGGCGUUAGUUGACGACCUCUCACUGGAGAACUCCGACUCGGAGGAGCCCCCCGCCUCCCCCACCCCCUCGUCUGGAGCCCCACGGACCCCGACUCCCUCCUCAGAACAAAGCUUAGAGCCGCCGCCGCUGAGCCUCAACAACGCAGAGUGACGCACACGCAGGCUCAGUCACACUCAGCCGCAGCCUCGACCACUCAGGGGUGGAGGAGUGACACGCUAAACAACACAAGAAUUAAAUUACACUAAGUAACGCAGGAUUCCAACCGGCGCCGUAAACCUAAAGCAACUUUCUGACGUGCUUUUGAAAAGUGUGGCUCAUUUUUCUCAGCAGGUGCAGAAAACAUAUGAAAACAAAUGAUUCUACGGGGGAAUUGUUUUUUAUAUUCUACUAGAACAAAGACUGGAAAUGUUUUCGUUACACCUAUCCAAUGCACUCUGAGGAACAAAAUUUCUAUAUUAUACAGUGAAAGUAAAUUAUUAUCAAAUAUUUCACAAUACUGUGCAGUACCUAGAGAGCAGAAAGAAUAAAGACUUUUCCAUGACGUAUUUCCAAACUAAGCCAUGUUAAACCCUUUGAUCUGGAUUGAAUAUUUGACUCGUAUUUCACAAAGGGCUGCAGAGGGAGGUUGUACUUGUGGAAGGUGUUACGACAAUCUGACGAUUAUUCUUGUUACUGAGAGUUAAACAACAAGUGCAGACAAAUAACGAUGUGUGCCAGUUAACGUUUUAAACGCACAUGAAACUUUGAGUAUCUGGCAAACGGAAGGAAAACUUUAAAGGCAAUAUUAACACAGCGCUACACAUUUCCAGAGGUAGCACGAUACAAAUUUCUGUUAUCAAAUGAUAAUUAAUCAACCCUGUGUUUUAAAAUGAUUGCGAAGAAACAGGGAUGCAUUACAAUUCUGAUUUUCAUAUCAAAAGUCACAUUUAAGUGACGCAAAGAAAAGAGCCAACUUGCAGACGCACUCACUAUUAAGGCUAUAUAAACUGAUGAAUCAUUUUUUUAUAGAUUAGAAACACUGUUUAGACAAUGCAGCAGGUAGUGUUAGAUAGCUUCUUUAACUAAAGUCUUAACAUAUCGCUUCAGAAGUUUGUAUAAUUUAUAUAAAAUAUGAACUUAAGUUAUUGAUCGGUGCUUGUUGUCUGGGGGACUCGGUCUUGUGGGGGAAGCAUGCGAGUUUAGUGAGUCUAGUCGUUCUGCGUCCUGAUGGCAGGCUGAACGGGGUGACGUUCUUGGGCGGCUCGGGCUGGUUUCUGAUGUGAAUUUGCAUGGAGAAUUUUUCAAAUUAACGUCAUUGCUGGCACACAAGAAACAAAAUAAAUAAAUACAUAAAAGAAGUGCACAUUAAAUGACAGCAAAUACUAGUAACUUGAAAGAACCCCAUGGAGAAUUGUAUUAAUUUACCUUUUUUUAUCCCAAGUAGAACAACAUUUUUUUUUCUCUCAUCUUGGACUGAUAAACAUGUGAAUUUUUUUUUUUCUUUUGAUAAGCAUCUGCAGCUUGUUUUCAGUGCAUAACCGUGUAAAUUGUUGAUCAAACAAGGCUUCUCUGUUUUAACCAAAUUGUGGGCGUAUGGAUGAGGAAAAGGGAUUUAAGUUUCUAGCAAAUGUAGAGUAGAUGUAGAACAAAGUAGAUGGUGGGAGUCGAGGCUUGGCAGGUUUUCUGUUCUCUUCCAGUAAACUGUGCUGGACAAGCGGAGCCGAACAGCCCAAGUCUCUCCUCAGAAGUAGAACGCUGUAGAAUAAACAGGCUCAAAGUGUUUUUGUAUACUAGUAGUGUUAGAGAAAAAUAAAAAUGACAAUGGCGGCACUGAUGAAUGAAGUUUUGUUAAGCAGAUGACAAGUAAAACAAGCUCUGUUACAGGAAAAGAAACCUUCAUUUCUGAGCUUAUAAUGAUAUCUGUGUGGCGUCAAGCGAACAUUGGCACUUUGAUGACGCUGCUGUGAAACGUGUUAUCAAACAUGUUUUUUUUUUUCAAACUGUCUACAUCUUCUUUAGCGUGUAUUUUCUAUUUUUUCUUAGUUUUUUUUUCUUGAAGAUGCAGUUUUUUUUGUUUGCUUGUUUGUGACUUUCUACUGCACUUGUAUGCCUGUCAAAGGUUUAAGCCUGUCCAGACUCAAAAUGAGUCGUCUCAGCGAGCAGGAAGAUGCAGCUUUACAGAAUAGUUUGGGGAAAUAUCCUCACUAGCUGCGCUGCCAAUAGUUAGAUGUGCAAAUGUGCACCUCAGUAUAAAUAGACACACACACUUUGCCAUUUAAUACUUAUAUCAACUUUUGAAUAGAAAAAAAGUUGUCUAAACUCUUUGCAAACAGUUAAUUUCCCAGUAAGAAAGAAUGUCACUGAAAACUUAACUUUGAUGAAAUGUACAGACUGUGUAGCUGAAAAUCACAAAUGAUGUUUCGGAAGCUGUGCUGAAUUUGUUGUGUUGUUUUUUUCUAUUUAACGUCCAUGGAUAAAGAUUAAUGUUUACCGUUGAUAGUGCACAUGACCACUGCAGUAGUUUUCGGCAAUCAGGGUUGUCAGAACUGCCCUCCGUAUCUUCCUUCUGUUUAAUUAAACGGGUCUGAGCAACACUGCACUGACGAAGCAAGUGUGUGCAGUAGAAAACAGUCAUUCCCAUGAGUAUACUGUAUAUAUAUUUUUCUCUACGCCAGGUUUACUCUCUUAACCCACCAAAAUGUCGGUCAAGAGAGACCACUGAAGAGAUAAAUGUAAUACCCUAAAGGUUUUUAAUUUUUUUUUUUUUUUACUUUCUCAAAGUGUAAUACUUUAUUUUAGCAAAAUGAAAAGUGGUGUUUUUAAAAUGUUGUUUAAAAGCUGCACUUUACACAUUACGAAGUGAUAUAAAAACAGCCAGGCACUAAAAAGAAUUUGUCAGGUUGGAACUUGUCUCUAAACGGCCAACAAACUAUUAAGCCAAAUGAGCUGAUAUCACAUUUUGUCACGGUACCAUCUGUUUCUUGGAGUUACUCACUUACAUGUUUCAGUCUUAUGUCAUGUCAACGUCCGAAGCGACUUUGUUCAAACAGACCAAAAUCAGAUGACGCAAAGAUUGAAAGGUUUGAUCGAGGACAGAUCCAUUCUGUUCACCUGUAGCAAGAGAUGAGGCUGGUUUUUCUCUGAGGUGUUAUUUUACUCUUUGUGCUUGUUUUUUUUUUUUUUUUUUUUUGACUACUGUGGAACUUGAAACAUUUUGGAAAUAUUUUUUUAUUGUUUUAGGCUUUUAUUUUGUUAAUGAUGCUGUGAUUAUGAAACAUCUGAUUGGGGUUAACAUUAAUAUAUGUCAUUGAUUUUGAUCUCUGUGUGUUUGUUUUUUGUUGUACAGGCCACGUGCACACACACACACACACACACACACACACACACACACACACUACAGCUACAUUAAAGGGUCACAACAAACAGGAGCUGUGUUCAUUAUCAUACAAUGUUUUUUUGUACUUUUUUAUUCAACAAAACACUUUAAAAAAACACAACUUCCUACAACGUGUUUGAUAGAUUGAUUGGUGAUUCUAAAUUGACCGCAGGGAUGGGUGAGAGCAUGUGCAGUUCUCAUCUUUGUCCUUUUGGCCCUGUGAUGGACCGGCAGCUCAUCCGUUUCAUCAAACAAGGUGAAAGAAAGGAUUUUAUAGUGAUCAAAAACUGGUUCUGUUUUGGGAACCAUUCAGAGCAGUAAUUUGUUUGGCUUGCCCAUCAUGAACCCCGAUCUGGUUUUCCAAACUUUGACCACUUUCUACUGCAGGUAAGACAAUGUCAACUUUUACGUAAGUGCUUCAUAAAUACAGAUGGAAAAACUGAAUAAUUGCCCUGUAAACCAAAGAGACUCACUCAGGAGAUGAGCAAUGUUUUUCUUUCUUUCUUUUGUUUGACGUCUUGCAUUCAUCAUGUUCCACCAUCAUGGCCAAAAGAAUUCAUGUGCACUGAAGUACUGUAUAGUGUAAACACCAUGACCUCAGUCUGUUAUGACUUCUUCCUUUUCCUCUUCCUCUUCCACCUCUUCUUUUUCUUCUGUUGUGGAAAAAAUGUCCUCUAGACUAACAAAGCAGGACUGGAGAUAAGGUCUUUGACUGAGGAUCGCAUUCCAUCAGGUUUGUUCUCAGUCUGAGGCAUUGCAAGGGAAGUCAUGCAACCAGCAACAGAAUAACAGGAGAAAAGACCUUGAGACAAACUGAUACUGUAUGUUUGUUUUAAGCAUUAAGAGUUUGACGUUGCAUAACAUAAUUGGAAAAGUACCAAGGACGUGCCAAUAUCUGAUAGACACUAUACAUGGCCUUGUAGUUGUAUGUUGCAGAGUUGUGCCUCGUCUUCUCUCGGGCCGCAAGGCCAUCAGUCUGAUUAGGAAUAUGUCAUAAUGACCCAAAUUUGAUUCUUUCACCCACGCUUCUUCCUCCUCCAGCCUCUCUCGUUAAGAGACGCCACAAUGGCUCCCUUUCCAUCAUACCCCGUCUUCUCUAUCUUCCUCUAUCAGAUCAACUCAUUUCAGAAAAUACAAAAAUGUCUUUGCUCUUCCCCUUUUUCUCCUGCCUGGCAGCUUCAUCUCCAGCAUCCUUCAACCAAUGUAUUCACUGUCCCUCUUCAGCGAUUGUCUCAAUCUAGCCUCUUUUACUUUAUCUGCAAGACAGAUAACUCUGACUUGUUCACCUUCUUUUUAAUCCUGCUUGUCUUCAUCACUCCCCAAAAGAAAUCCUAAUAUCUUCAUCUUCGUCACCUCCAG